AUGCUGACAACAAUUGCAACAACUGCUAUCUUAAUUGCUUUUGUGAUAUGUGUAUGGCGGGUUCUGAACUGGGUUUGGUUAAACCCAAAGAAGCUGGAGAAGUGGCUGAGACAACAGGGUCUUGACGGCAAUCAAUAUCGUCUUCUUCAUGGAGACGCUAGAGAAAGUUCCAUGAUGCUUGUGGAGGCAAGCUCCAAACCCAUUAGCCUCCACCAUGACAUUGCACCUUAUGUCACUCCCUUCCUCUACCAGAGCCUCAAGAAAUAUGGGAAAAAUUCAUUCACAUGGCAUGGACCAACACCAAGGGUAACCAUAAUGAACCCAGAACAGAUCAAACAUGUCUUUGCUAAAACUAAUGAGUUUCAUAGACAAGAAUUGAGUCCUCUAUUAAAACUUCUUGUGACUGGACUAGUAAGUCAUGAAGGUGAGAAAUGGGCUAAACAUAGAAGAAUUAUUAAUCCAGCAUUCCAUCAAGAAAAGUUAAAGAAUAUGUUACCUGCAUUCUAUGAAAGCAAUAGAGAUAUGAUGAACAAAUGGGAGGAGUUAGUCUCUGAUAAGGAAUGGAUUGAGUUGGAUGUGUGGCCUCAUCUUAAUGAUCUGACAAGAGAUAUAAUUUCUCGAACGGCGUUUGGAAGCAGCCAUGAGGAAGGGAAAAGAAUCUUCCAACUGAUGGAUGAACUUGCCAUUCUCAUACAACAACUUGUACAAAAUGUUUAUAUUCCAGGAUGGAGGUUUCUACCAACUAAAUUUAAUAAGAAGCUAAAGGCGUGUGACACGGAGAUAAGAUAUUUACUAAAAGGGAUCAUCAAUAAAAGAGAGAAGGCCAUGAAAGCAGGAGAGGUUGAUAAUAAUGAUUUACUAGGUAUGUUAAUGGAAGCAAAUUCUAGAGAGAUUCAAGAAAAUGGUGGUGGUACUGGAAUGAGCCUUACAGAUGUGAUGGAUGAGUGUAAGAUAUUUUACUUUGCUGGUCAAGAAACCACAUCUGUGUUGCUUGUUUGGACAAUGGUUCUUUUAGCCAAGCACCCAAUUUGGCAAACUCGUGCUAGAGACGAAGUUCUUGAAGUUUUUGGUAACAAUAGACCUGACUUUAAUGGAUUGAAUCGUCUUAAAAUUGUAUCAAUGAUAAUAGACGAGGUUUUAAGAUUAUAUCCUCCGGCAACCCAGCUUGUUCGAUCAAUUAAGAAAGAAACGAGACUAGGAAACUUGGUAUUACCAGCUGGAGUGGAAAUCAACAUGCCAGUUAUGCUUGUACACCACGAUCGUGAGUUAUGGGGCGAUGAUGCAACAGAGUUCAAACCAGAGAGAUUUGCAGAAGGAGUUUCCAAGGCGACAAAGAACCAAGUUUCAUUCAUCCCUUUCGCACGGGGUCCGAGAAUAUGUAUUGGGCAAAACUUUGCUCUUACAGAAGCAAAAAUGGCGUUGGCAAUGAUCCUGCAACGUUUCACUUUUGAGCUAUCUCCGUCCUACGCUCAUUCUCCUAUUCUGGUUGCAACAUUGCACCCACAACAUGGUGCUCCAUUGAUUUUACGAAGGCUCUAAUCGGUACAUGAAGGGCCGCACCGUAUUGCUGCCUUCUGACUUUUCAGAAUACCAUGCAUGCUAUAUACUUUCAUAUAUUGCUUUUAUUAAGAGUUUUGAUUUUCACAGACCAUCAAUAAUGUUGUGUAGUAUUUGAUUAUCGUAUUCCUUUUCUUUUGUGAUUUCAAUAAAGCUUAAUAAUCCCAA